CAGAGCGGCCCCGCCCCCAAGGGCGCUGUGGGCUCCGGCCCCAGGGGCGUGAGCGCCAUUUUGGCUGGUGCUGGGCAGCGUCGUGGGAGCGCUGGAGCAGAGGCUGUGGUGUGCGCGGGCAGCGCUGCGGGACUCUGAGAGAGGAGUACACCUGGCACCUGGUGACCCCCGACGUGAUUUCUCGGGACGAGGAAGAGUCUGGCAGCGGAUGGCAGGAGGAAGCAGGGCUCUGGCCUGCUGGCGAAGGGAGCCAGGCCUACAUUAGAGGUAGGAGCAGUGACCUCAUCCCGCACUAGCAUGGCCUCAGAGAAGGACCCAGAGAAGAGCUGGGAGGAGAAGCAGCACCCAAAGUGUAAGAUGGAGCAGGCCAAGUGCAGCCUGAAGAAAGAGGCGGAGAAAGAUCUCAAGUCAGAGAAUGACAAUGAGGGGAAUGAUGACUGUGAUGAUGUUCAGUAUGAGGGUGAUGUUCAGGGUGAAUAUGACCAAGAUAAGGGGGAGGAAUAUGAAGAGGAGGAUGGCUUGAUGUUAGCCCCCUCUGAGCCAGUCAAGAAACUGCCUCAGUGCCCUGAGUCUGGGCAGAGCUUCGCAGUGCGCUCGAGGCACAUUGAGCACCGCCAAAGCCACAGGGGUGAGAAGCCCUUCAGCUGUGCUGACUGUGACAAGAGAUUCACAAAGUGCUCAGACCUCAUUAGACACUGCCGAAUCCACACGGGCGAGAAACCCUUCAGGUGUGCUGACUGUGACAAGAGAUUCACAGAUCGCUCAUACCUCAUUGCCCACCGCCGAAUCCACACUGGGGAGAAGCCCUUCAGCUGUGCUGACUGUGACAAGAGAUUCACUCAGAAGUCUGCCCUCACCCAGCACCGCAGUGUGCACACCACUGAGAAGUCCUUCAGCUGUGGGGACUGUGGAAAGAGCUUCAAACACAGCUCCACUCUCACCAUCCACCAACGCAUCCACACCAGAGAGCACCUGUACCCCUGUGCAGAGUGUGGCAAGAGCUUCACCACGAGCUCACAGUUGAUCCAGCACAGACUCAUCCACAGUGGUGAGAAACCCUACAGCUGCAGGGACUGCAGCAAGAGCUUCACCUGCAUCUCUGCCCUCACCAAGCACCGUCGUGUCCACAGUGGUGAGAAGCCCUUCACCUGCUCUGACUGCGGCAAGAGCUUCACCUGCAGCUCUGCCCUCACCAAGCACCGUCGUGUCCACAGCGGUGAGAAGCCCUUCACCUGCUCUGACUGCGGCAAGAGCUUCACCUGCAGCUCUUCCCUCACCCUGCACCGUCGUGUCCACAGUGGUGAGAAGCCCUUCACCUGCUCUGACUGCGGCAAGAGCUUCACCCAGAGCUAUCACCUCACCCAGCACCGUCGUGUCCACAGUGGUGAGAAGCCCUUCACCUGCUCUGACUGCGGCAAGAACUUCACCCAGAGCUCUUCCCUCACCCUGCACUGUCGUGUCCACAGUGGUGAGAAGCCCUUCACCUGCUCUGACUGCGGCAAGAGUUUCACCUGCAGCUCUGCCCUCACCCAGCAUCAUCGUGUCCACAGUGGUGAGAAGCCCUUCACCUGCUCUGACUGUGGCAAGAGCUUCACCCAGAGCUCUUCCCUCACCCAGCACCGUCAUGUCCACAGUGGUGAGAAGCCCUUCACCUGCUCUGACUGUGGCAAGAGCUUCACCUACAGCUCUGACCUCAGCAAGCACCGUCGUGUCCACAGUGGUGAGAAACCCUACAGCUGCAGGGACUGUGGCAAGAGCUUCACCCGGAGCUCUGCUCUCACCCUGCACCGUCGUGUCCACAGUGGUGAGAAGCCCUUCACCUGCUCUGACUGUGGCAAGAGCUUCACCUGCAGCUCUGCUCUCACCCUGCACCGUCGUGUUCACAGUGGUGAGAAGCCCUUCACCUGCUCUGACUGCGGCAAGAGCUUCACCCAACGUGGCCAUCUCAAUUACCACCACCGCACUCACAGCAAUGAGAAGCCCUUCACCUGCUCUGACUGCGGCAAGAGCUACACCAACAGACACCAUCUCACUUCCCACCACUGUACUCACACUGGUGACCAAUCCAUGCUGCAGGGCAAGCACAAAUAGCCCCACCCCGGGUCUGUUGGCGUAAUUGUGCCCCCACCCUGAGAAGGCCUUUCCAGCAGAUUGAACCAAAAUCUCCACUUUUCCAGCUGCAUUUCCCAGAGGCUGGGGGCUCCAGCAGGAACAAACACCUCCUGCUCUGCUGAGCACCAAUCAGUGCUGCUGAGAAUCAUGGCAGUGCUGAGUCAGCACAGCCAGAGCUGCCAUUGGAGCUGGGCUGAGCUGUGCAGGGAUUUGUCUGGUUCUUCCUCCCUAUGCUUUGUGUGUCCCUGGGGUAAAAUCCCCUCUGCCCCAUGCCCAGGUGUGUCAAUAAAAGCCCACAGUGACCCAAA